AUGCUGUCCGAGUUGACAACAUCAACUACACAGCCAUUUGAACGAAGAAAUCAGCAAAGUUUCUUACUCAGUUCUGCCAGGAGAGGUCCCGCAGUGCAAAAAUGUGCAAGAUUUGGAGUGGAAUCGAAAAAAACUGUUCUGAUUCCCCGAAAAGAAGUGGGAUGGAAGUAUCGACAAUGUUCUCCACGUUAUAACACUAUAAACGAAAUUAGCCAGGGACGAGAAAACGCGUGCUACGCUGGAGUACAGCAGAACACCAGAGUGGCGAGAGAGAGCGUUCCUCGUAAAGGAUGGUGCCAGACACGAGUGCUAUUCGCUCAGCUGAGCGCACGUCGGACGACCGCUGAUGUUAGAGACAUUUGA